AUGUCGACACCUCCUCCGCCGCCGCCGCCGCUGCCGCCGUACGGCGAUAUGACGUCCGUCACAGAGGGUAACCGGAGACCACCGGAGGACGGCGCACAGUCGACGCCAAUCUGCCCUCCCGACAUCAUGUGCCGACUGACGUGCGCCAGCGCCGCGCUGAUGUGUCUACUGACGGUGACGGUGAUGGUAGGGGGUGUGUUAGGUAGGGUUGGGGCCGCGCCGGCCUCUGAGACAGCUCUGGAGAUAGACGCCGCUGACCGGGAACUGGACGUGGACUCUGCCGCGGACGUCUGCUGUCGGCGGGAACAGCACUUUGUGCCGGUGGGGCUUGACAGUUUCGGCGAAGAGCUUAUAAUCGACGUGGGCAAGUGCCGGCGGCACUGUCGCCACGGUCCGGGACGGCUCUCCAAGACACAGUUCCUGCAGCUCCUGGACUCGCACCGCGAUACGGAUCCUGUCGAGCUGUUCCUGCGGCGGCGCGCGCGCCAGGCCUCCUGUUCAGGCCCCAGUCGCUGUCAGCCCGUGGAGGUCGCCCUGGAGCGUCGUUUCACCCCGCGGGGUGUGGUGGCCCGCGAGGUGACCCGGCAGUGCGGCUGCCGCCGGCCACCGCCCUCCUGUCGGCGCCGCCGGCAAAUGGUGACCUUCCACCCGGGGACACCCCACCAGCGCCGGCUGGACGUGGGCGUCUGUGCCGGGCCCUGCGGCCACACAGCGGACAGCUGUCUACCUCUGAAAAAUAGAACAGUAUCUAUUCAUGGUCCCAAUGGUGCCGAGGUGAUAUCUGUCAUAGAAGAGUGCACGUGCACCCACGGCUGCUACAGGAUGGCACUGAUGGAGCAAGUUUACGACUAUACCGACUCACGAAAGCCGCACAUAAAGGUGGUGGACGUCGGCCAGUGUAUAGGAACGUGCACCAGGGAGCAGCACGGACGGGACUGCGUCUACAGCGAUCCGGUGACCUCCAAGUGUCUGAUGUCUCUGCAGUACCAGGUCCGCGGUUGUGUCGCCUCCGCUAGCAGAGAACACUUUUACCGAACAGAGGAUGGCCGGGAAAAGUCUCUGGUCAGCAUCAGCGAGUGUUCGUGUCACUGACCUUCCCGAAGCGGGCGCGGGUCUCCGAGGAAGGCACCGAUUGUGGGACAGUAUGAGAGGUCUACUAUACCUUCUACCUGUAUUGGCACUGAAAGCCAUUGGUUAUCUGUCCGUAACAUGUGAUCAUCUGCACUGAUGCACUGUUGAAUAAACACGGCCAAGUUGUAAAGUUAAGUUAAACAUGUCAAUGUUGAACGCUAGCGAAGAACUUUCUCGGAGGAAGUGAAUAUACAGCCUUCAUGCAUGUGUUUGUGUGUGGAACCUAACAUUGGGUGAAUAACAAUGCAGGCUUUUAGUAAAUUUGAACGCGUUCGCCACUCGAGAUUUGUUCUUUUUAAUAGUUCGUUAGGAUUGCAUAAUAACGCCUAACAGUGAUGUUAUUGUACAUAGUACAUACCUACAGUCAACACAAUUUAUCUCGCAGAAAACGUUUUCCUCAUGCUGCUACUCUGAAAGCUGAGGUGCUAAGCAUCCAUAGAUAUAAGCCGCUUGAGCUGUUUAUUUGUACUGCACCGUGUAUGUGAUGAGACAUUGUUGCCGUUAGAUGUAAAUGUUUUUGAUU